CAGGACCUCCAACGCAGAAUUUGGAACCACAUAGUGGUACGUUCGUCUCAUGCUUGCUCACAGCCAGUCGGAUGGGGUCGUUCAUGGUGUGGCGCUCAGGAAAAGCAUGGGGCGGAUUCACUGACAGCAUGCUUCUUCUUUGCUUGUUCUCGGUCAGUUUGGCAAUCGCCCGUCCAUCUUAUAGUAAUGUAGAGGAAGCCACUGUAGAACCAGAAGAACCUCCAACCAAAUACCAAAUCUCUCAGCCAGACGUUUUAACGAUUACUCCCGGCAAGCCUCUUGAUCUGCGCUGUCCAUACAACGAUGCUUCCCUGGUGACUUGGACUAAGGAUGGGGUGAAAUUAGAAUCCGGCAAUAGGACGGUGAUUGUCAUGAACUACUUGCUGAUAAACGAGACUCUCCUCAGGGAUUCAGGGCUGUAUGCCUGCUUAGCUCAUAAAGGCACCCAGAGCAAUACUCAUUUCUUCCUUGUGAAUGUCACAGAAGCGAAUUCUUCUGGAGAUGACGAAGAUGACAGUGACAAUGAUGUCUCAGAGAACAUCAUUAAUGACAACAACAAUAUAAGGGCUCCAUACUGGACAAACCCAAAGAAGAUGGAGAAGAAACUUCAUGCUGUCCCAGCUGCUAACACAGUAAAGUUACAUUGUCCAGCUGGUGGAAACCCCAUCCCUACCAUGAGGUGGCUAAAAAACAAAAAGGAAUUCAAGCAAGAGCAUCGGAUUGGUGGUUAUAAGGUCCGUAACCAGCACUGGACUCUGAUCAUGGAAAGCGCUGUCCCGUCGGAUAAAGGCAUAUACACUUGCAUUGUGGAGAAUGAACAUGGGUCAAUCAACCACACUUACAGUGUUGAUGUCAUAGAGCGCUCCUCUCACCGACCCAUACUGCAAGCUGGUCUCCCUGCAAAUACUACUUCGUUUGUUGGAGGGGAUGCUGAGUUUGUAUGCAAGGUGUACAGCGACGCACAGCCCCACAUUCGCUGGAUACGCUAUGUGGAGGAGAAUGGGAGCCGAUAUGGAGAGGAUGGGAUCCCAUACAUGAAGGUUUUGAAGCACUCGGGAAUAAACAGUUCCAGUGCUGAGGUGCUGAAUCUGUACAAUGUGACAGAAGCAGAUGCGGGGGAAUAUGUCUGUCUCACCUCCAAUUAUAUUGGAAAGGCCAACAAGUCAGCCUGGCUCACGGUGAUGAAAAAAGAACCAGGUAUAGAAACUCCUAUGGAGGAUACUUCUCUGCCUUACUACAUGGAAAUCGCUAUAUAUGUUGGCGGUGGCUUCCUCAUCUUCUGUUUCAUCGGAGUUUGCAUCAUAUUCCAGCUUCGUCAGGGAGCUAAAAAGAAGAAAUCAUUAAUCAGGCCACCUGUUGUCCAUAAACUCAGCAAACGAAUACCUCUCCACCGCCAGGUAACAGUGUCGGCAGAUUCCAGUUCCUCUAUGAACUCCACAACACCCUUGGUGCGGAUUACUACUCGCUUGUUAUCCAGUGCUGAUACAGUCCUGCUACCCAAUGUAUCGGAGUAUGAACUUCCUCAUGAUCCCAAGUGGGAAUUCUCAAGAGAAAAGCUGACGCUGGGAAAACCCCUUGGUGAGGGCUGUUUUGGACAAGUGGUCAUGGCAGAGGCUGUAGGGAUCGACAAAGACCGGCCUAAGGAGUCAGUGACUGUUGCUUUAAAAAUGCUGAAAGAUGAUGCUACUGAGAAAGACCUAGCUGAUCUGGUCUCGGAGAUGGAGAUGAUGAAGAUGAUUGGAAAACAUAAGAAUAUUAUCAAUCUGCUGGGUGCAUGCACACAAGGAGGUACCUUAUAUGUAAUUGUAGAGUAUGCUGCUAAAGGGAACCUACGUGAGUACCUCAGGGCCCGGCGCCCAGUUGAGAUGGAGUACUCCUAUGACAUUAACAGGGUGCCUGGAGAACAGAUGACUUUUAAAGACUUGGUAUCCUGCACUUACCAGCUGGCCAGGGGCAUGGAGUACUUGGCAUCACAGAAGUGUAUACACCGGGACCUUGCAGCCAGGAACGUGCUGGUCACUGAGAGCAAUGUUAUGAAGAUUGCAGACUUUGGUCUGGCACGAGAUGUCAACAAUAUUGAUUAUUAUAAGAAAACAACAAAUGGUCGGCUGCCUGUAAAAUGGAUGGCUCCAGAAGCACUAUUUGACCGGGUGUACACUCAUCAGAGCGAUGUCUGGUCAUUUGGCGUAUUAAUGUGGGAGAUUUUUACGCUGGGAGGGUCACCAUACCCUGGCAUUCCUGUUGAGGAACUUUUCAAGCUGCUGAAAGAGGGUCACCGGAUGGAUAAGCCAGCCAACUGCACCAAUGAACUGUACAUGAUGAUGAGAGACUGUUGGCAUGCCAUUUCCUCACACAGGCCUACCUUCAAACAGCUGGUGGAGGACUUGGACCGGAUCCUCACUCUAACCACCAAUGAGGAAUACCUUGACCUCACCGCCCCUCUGGAGCAGUAUUCCCCAAGCUUCCCAGACUCCUCCUGCUCUGCUUCAUCGUCUGGGGAUGAUUCUGUGUUCUCCCCUGACCCCAUGCCACAUGAACCCUGCCUCCCCAAAUUUCAGCACGUAAAUGGGGUGAAAACAUGAGACAUCUCGCGUUCUGCAGGCCACUUCAACAGACUGCUGAUAAUGGUGACACAUUCUGCAGAACGCCAAGGAACAAGGACCUCUCUGUAGAAGAGGCGGUAUAAGGCGGGAGACGACACAGGGCAGACUC